CUAUCCGCCUUCCGUUCACAGCGAAACCCUCUGUACUGCCCUGAGCGCUGCUCUGCCUUCCAGUGUGACCUGACCAAAGAUGACCUGAGGGACAACGUGCCCGAGGGCGGCGUGGACGUCGUCACUCUCAUCUUCGUGCUUUCGGCCAUCCACCCAGACAAGAUGAAGCCGGCGCUGCAGAACAUCAGCAGGGUGCUGAAGCCGGGAGGCGUCGUGCUGUUCAGGGACUACGGCCUGAACGACCACGCCAUGCUGCGAUUUAAAGCCGGCAGCAGGCUGGGGGAGAACUUCUACGUCCGCCAAGACGGAACCAGGUCCUACUUCUUCUCCAAAGAGUUCCUGGCUGAGCUGUUUGAGGACGCCGGCUUCCAGUCUGUUGCUAACGACUACGUCCUGAGAGAGACCGUCAACAAAAAGGAGGGACUCUGUGUUCCCAGAGUCUUCCUGCAGAGCAAAUUCACCAAACCCGACCAGUCGCAGAGCUCCUGAUGUCGCUCAGCCUCACAAAUCUCCAAAGAUGAACAUUUCUGGUUGACGUUGAAUGGUAAAACUAUAUAAUAUUCUUUGCGGGUCUUGGAAGCCUUAAAGUUACCGAAGGGGGCUGCUGAAUGUUCAGACUGUGAGGGAGAAGCAGGAGGUUUAAGGAGAUUAAGAACGCCUCCUCUCUCUAAUAAUCUGCUCUCUCAGAUAAAGACAGUGUUUACCACGGGGAAUCUUACAGGUGGAAAUGUGUGGAACAAUGUGAGCAUUAAUGCACCGGGGUUCAUACGGUUAUGAGAAACCUAGAAAAGUCUGUUUCAAAUAGCCUGGAAAACUAAAUAUACCCUGAAAGUUUUGGAAAAGUCAUGGAAUUUUGUUUCAAAAACCAAUAUUAAAUCACAUGAGAAGUUCAGAGACUUUUGGGAAUUUGAGAAUCCACCGAAAUUUAUGUUCUGAAGGAAACAUGGCAUGUGAACCGGCAGGCCCAUGGCCCAUUUGUUUUCUUUAAAAAUGUUUGGCAAUUGUUCAAUAAAAAAAUUUACUUUAUUCUUUUAAAAAA